AUGCCACCCCUCCCGCCGCAUGCUAGGCCGCCCUUUCCACCGAACCUCGCGUACCACAACAGGGAAGAGAAUCACAACGGCAAACGUCCUCAUUCUCAAGUCCCUCCUUCGCGCAGUAUUCGCGGCCGACAUCGCUCGCCAACUAUAGAGCCCGAGCCUCCGGGUAGUCCGACGCCCUCUUACAUCGAGCUCUCCUCUGAGCCAUCAACUUGUACCCUCUCCGCACCUCGCAAGCUGCUCGUUCUUGAUCUCAAUGGAUCCCUGGUCAUCCGCUCGGCACGCAAACCGGGACCCGGCCCACAACCUGUACGAACCGUCAAUCCGCGGCCGUACAUGGGUUCCUUCUGCGAAUUUCUCUUCCAUCCCCAGACGAAGGAAUGGCUGGACGUGAUGGUGUGGAGUAGCGCGCAACCUUACAGCGUGAAUGAUAUGGUGGACAAGGCGUUUGGGAGGCACAAGAAGGACCUCGUCGCGAUCUGGGCUAGGGAUACGCUGGGACUCAGCCAAGAUCAUUACCACAAGAAGGUCCAGACGGUCAAGGACUUGCGGAAACCCUGGUCCGAAUUACCCGCCAUCCUCAAUCCUUCGAGCGCCGUGGACUCAGUGGAACUUCAAGAGCCCGUGUUAUCCCAUUCCAGACAAUCCUCCGUUGCACCUACAGAGCGUGAUCCUACGUCAUCUCCCACGUUACCGCCGUCCUCCCAGCUUUCCAUCGCGUCCGAUGCGCCGCAGUCUUCUGCGGUCCACUCGGCGCUGACCACGCUUCUGCUCGACGACUCGCCCAAGAAAGCCGUCUUACAACCAUGGAACCACCUCUGCAUCCCGGACUACACACAGACUCUUCGCAACGCCGACCUGGCGAUCCUCACCGCGGAGAGAGCCCGCGCUGAACAUGCUGCCGCCCUCGCUGCUACACCACAUCCCGACGUUGCACCCAGCUCCGAUGCCGCACCAGACUCUUCACCUCCCGUUCCUGAAGCGGACGCGCCGAUAGGUCCGUUGACGGCCGAACAAGCCGAGGCGCCACCACCCGAGGAUGAUGGGUCGCGGAUGGACCCUACUCUCCUGGCCGUCGUUGGUGUACUGCAUACGCUCAAGGACGAAAGCAAUGUCGCGGGAUGGAUACGGGCUGGAGGGUUGUGGCCUGACGGGAAGCACGAGGUCCCGGGUAACGCCAUGGAUGGCAACGAGGCUGUUGCGGGGAUCGAGGUAGAGAAGGUUGCUGAAGCAGCGAAGAUGUGGUUUGAAGAUGAAGGCGCGUUCAAGUUCUGGGAGGACAGGGGCCGUGCGGCGAUGGAGGAGCUAGGCAUCGUUGUUGAGCAUGGGCUCACAAAGUGA